AACAACACAGGAAGAGCGUGCGUUCGGCUCCGAAACAAAACUAACUUGCUCCGUCUUGUUGGCGUAUUGGGAGAGAUGUGCCUUCAGUGUCUGCCGCGGACCGAAUUAAAGUGAAUUUAACGCCGACACCAUGGUUUCUCUGUCAUGGUUGGGGCAACUGAGCAGUCUAGUCCUGUCACCUUCAAACACAGUGCCAUUACUUGUAUUUGUCGUAGUUUAUCUGUUCCUCUAUUACCAGAAGCAGCGAGAGAAAUAUAGGAAUAUCCCCCCCGGUCCGAAGCCGUGGCCCAUUUUCGGCAACGUCGGAGGCUUCCUCGUCCCUUCUUUUGUUCGGAGGAGAUUUGGAGAGGCGCCGAAAAACCCCAACAUGAGCGUCAUGGAUGCGCUAACGCUGCAAGCCAAGGUCUACGGGAACGUCUACAGCCUGUUCGUCGGGAAUCAGCUGCUGGUCGUGCUCAACGGCUACGAGGUGGUCAAAGAUGCCCUGUCCAACCACGCCGACGUGUUCUCUGACCGACCGGACAUCCCCGUCAUCAGCAUCAUGACAAAGCGGAAAGGGAUAGUCUUUGCCCCUUACGGACCGGUGUGGAAACAGCAGCGCAGGUUCUGCCACGCCACCCUGCGGAGCUUUGGCCUGGGGAAGCUGAGCUUGGAGCCUUGCAUCCACCAGGGCCUGGCCACCAUCAAGGCCGAGCUGCUGAGACUGAGCGGGGAGAGGGGCCAGGGCGGGGUGGACCUGACCCCGCUGAUCAGCAACGCCGUGUCCAACGUCAUCUGCUCCAUGGUGCUGGGGCAGCGCUUCCACCACGAGGACCGGGAGUUCCGCACCCUGCUGGACCUGAUGGUGCACGGGCUGGAGAUCUGCGUCAACAGCGCCGCCGUCCUCAUCAACGUCUUCCCCUGGCUCUACUACCUGCCCUUCGGAGUCUUUAAGGAGCUGCGGCGGGUGGAGAGAGACAUCACCGUGUUCCUCAAGAGGAUCAUCGCGAACCACCGCGAGACGUUAAACCCGGACAAUCUGAGGGACCUCACAGACAUGUACUUCAUGAAGAUUUUGGCCCAGCAAGCUGCCGAGGAGCCGGAGGGCGGCUUCACAGAGGAUUAUCUCUUUUAUAUCAUCGGGGACCUGUUCAUUGCGGGCACUGACACCACUACUAAUUCAGUUUUGUGGGUUCUGCUCUACAUGGUCUUACAUCCAGACGUCCAAGACAAAGUCCAGGCAGAGAUCGACCAGGUGGUGGGAAGACAUCAGGUUCCAUCUAUGACUGAUAAGGGACAUUUGCCCUUCACUGAAGCCACCAUCAUGGAGGUGCAGAGGCUCACAGUGGUGGUUCCAAUGGCUAUUCCUCACAUGGUCUCAGACACCAGAGAGUUCAGAGGAUACACCAUUCCAAAAGGAACCGUUGUUAUACCCAACCUGUGGUCUGUUCAUAGAGAUCCCACUGUGUGGGAGGAUCCAGACACCUUCAACCCAGCAAGAUUCUUGGACGAUAAGGGAAAGUUGCUCAGGAAAGACUGCUUCAUGCCAUUUGGAAUUGGUCACAGAGUGUGCAUGGGCGAGCAGCUGGCGAAGAUGGAGCUGUUCCUGACUGUCACCAGCUUACUGCAGGCCUUCAAAUUCAGACUCCCAGAAGGAAAGCCUCCUCCUCCCAUGCAAGGACGCUUCGGCCUGACGCUGGCUCCCCACCCGUACACCGUGUGUCUGAGCCCUCGCAGCGGCCCCAGUCAAACACAUCUGAUGUAGGUGCUCUCACAUUAAGGAUCUUUAAAAAAUCAACAGUAUAUAAAGAUAUAUAUUUUUUGACCAGAGUUUGGAUCUUCUGUAUGGUUUAAGAUAAUUUCAUUUGAUUGAUUGUAGAAUAUUUUCUGAAUAUUGUCUAUUAAUGGUGCACAUUUUUUAAAGUUAUAAGCUUAACUUAAUAUCUGAUAAGUAAUAUGAUAUUUUUGCCCUUUUAAAAGAAAAUAUUUUUAUAAAGAAUAUCAAAUGGCUUUUGAUUCAAAAGUAAAUCUGCUGAACAACUGUUUUAUGACUUUAUGCACUAUGUUAAAAAGUGAAUAUAUAUCUGUGAAUAUGAUUUUAGAAGUAAAUCUUGUGUUUUUCUGCACCAGACUGUCAAAAUAUAUUUCCUUAAACACAUAUAGCUCAUUGGAGCUAUUUCAGUGACAAUUAUUGCAAUGACGAUUAUUUUCAGACAUGCUCUGACUGAUUUUAGCUGUAUUUUUUCUUAUAAUUACAAUGGACAUAGGACAGAGUAUUCAAUUCAGUCCAAAAAACUUCAAUGAAACUGUACUUUACAAAUGCUGCUGAGAAGUGUUUUUUGUGUGAAACAGAAUGGCAAUUGUGAUUUCUGAGAAAAACCAUUGCAAGGCUUCUGAAAAAGAAUAAACGUCACUUUUUCAAAUCUUAUGGGCUAAUUCUUAUUUGGAAGAAAAAACACAAGAGAGAAGUGUAGAGAGAAGUGUCCAUUUCAACCAGCAGAGGGCGCAGUUG